UUCCAAGGAAUCCACGUAUAUCCAUACGGUGGAAUUUAAAACAAUUCCCGAAUGACUGUAUUAGUUUUUGUACUGGAGCUGUUCAGUUUUUUUUUCUUGGAGCAUGCCUGAAGGAUUGUAAAUUGGAUGGAUAUUAUUUUUAAUUAAUGGAUUUUAAGUUUGUACGCCUGCACAUUUGCUGGAUGUUUUCUUGCUCUCGGUGCUUUGAUGGCGCAAUCUAACAGACUGUGUGGGACUUGUAUGGAAGGACAGCUGGUGCUGUAAAAUCAACUUUGCAUUGUUGUUUUUUUUCUUUUUAACUUUGUGUAAAUACUACCGUCAUGUCAUUGGAGCCGUGUCCUCUGACUGGAGCAGAAAGGGCUGUGUGCAGACUGGUCCACCAUGGAGCCCGACCCCAGUCCAUGUUAAAGCCUUUACGCCUGGAGCUCCAGGUGUUUGUGGAUAAGAUGCGAACCAGGCAAAAACACAGGAUGGAGGCCUCUUGUUUGGAGUUGGCCUUGGAAGGUGAGCGGCUAUGCAAGGCAGGAGACUUUAAAGGAGGAACAGCGUUCUUUGAAGCAGCCGUGCAAGUUGGCACCGAAGACCUGAAGACCCUGAGUGCCAUCUACAGCCAGCUUGGCAAUGCCUACUUCUACCUCAAGGAGUAUGGAAAAGCUCUGGAAUACCACAGACAUGACCUAACCCUGGCGAGAACUAUAGGAGACAGAAUUGGAGAAGGAAAAGCUAGCGGUAACCUUGGCAACACUUUAAAAGUGUUGGGGCGCUUUGACGAGGCUGUUGUCUGCUGCCAAAGACACCUGGAUAUUUCUCAGGAGCAGGGCGACAAGGUUGGAGAGGCGAGGGCGCUGUACAACAUUGGGAACGUGUUUCAUGCAAAGGGCAAACAGCAGCUGUGGGGCUGCACCCAGGAACCAGGCGAGCUGCCUUCUGAUGUCAGAGAGACACUGCAGAAAGCUACAGGCUUUUACGAGAUGAACUUGUGCUUGGUGAAGGAACUUGGGGAUCGAGCCGCCCAGGGGAGAGCUUACGGGAACCUGGGAAAUACUCACUACCUGCUGGGGAACUUUGUCGAAGCUAUCAAGUUUCACCGUCAGAGGUUAUCCAUUGCCAAAGAGUUUGGGGACAAAGCAGCUGAGCGUCGAGCUUACAGUAAUCUCGGGAAUGCCCUAAUAUUCCUUGGACAGUUCAACACGGCCACCGAAUACUACAGAAAAACUUUGCAGCUCUCCCGGCAGCUGAGGGACCAAGUGAUGGAGGCCCAAGCUUGUUAUAGCCUGGGGAACACAUACACGCUGCUGCAACAGUAUGAACGGGCUAUAGACUACCACCUGAAACAUCUGUGUAUAGCCCAAGAACUCAAUGACAGAAAAAAGGAUUACACCAACCAAAGGUCCGCAAAAAGCAAGGUUGGCGAGGGUCGUGCCUGCUGGAGUCUGGGAAAUGCAUACGUGUCCUUAGGAAACCACAAACAAGCCCUCCACUACGCCCGGAAACACCUGGACAUCUCAAAAGAAAUUGGAGAUAGAAAUGGGGAGCUAACUGCCAGGAUGAAUGUGGAGCAGCUGAUGGAGGCAUUGGGAGUUAAUGAAAGUGAUCUUUCGCCUUCCAGUUCAGAGUUUGAGAUGCAAGGCGCAAGACCCAAAAUCACCAAGAGAAACAGCAUGGACAGUGUAGAACUAUGGAAGUACUCUUCAGAUAAGGUGAAUUGUGACAACCAAAACUUGGAAAAUAUGCAAAGAAGAUCCAGGAAUCAGCUGUCACAACCCGGUAAAAGAAAAGGCUACUCUGACAGUCAGUCUUCUGACGAAAGGCCCUGGUUGGACUCCCCUGUGGACACCGAUGAUAUCACUGUUCAAGUUACACCUCCCGUGUCUAAACUGGGCCGCGACCCCUCCGAUGAGGACUGCUUCUUUGACCUUCUCAGCAAGUUCCAGAGCAGCCGCAUGGAUGAUCAGCGCUGCCAUCUUGAUGAGCCACAGAAUGGAGACAACCAAGAAGGUGCUGCCGACACUUCCCUAAAUGAGAUGUUAGAUCCUGCAAUUACCACAUCCCCCCAGACAGAGGAGCUGUUUGACUUAAUUGCAAGCUCUCAGAGUCGCCGCCUCGAUGAUCAGCGAGUCAGUGUUGGAAACCUCCCUGGCCUUAGGAUUACUCAUAACAACCUGGGACAUCUGGUUGGUGAGGGAGAUCAUCAGGAGCCUAGUGACGACUUCUUCAACAUGCUUAUAAAGUGCCAGUCCUCCAGGAUCGAUGAUCAGCGGUGCUCCCCACCAGAAGCUGGGCCUCAUGCCCCCACAGUGCCUGAUGAAGACUUCUUCAGCCUAAUCCAGAGGGUACAGGCCAAGCGUAUGGACGAGCAGCGUGUCCAUCUACCAUCGGAUGACCAGGACAGCUCUCACUCCUCCGACCAGGAGACACCUGGUGACUUUCCAAGCUAGGACUUGGUGAAUAAUGCUGCACAACCUGUCAUUUCCUAAAUAACACAGCAGAAGAGACAGAAGGAUGAGCAGGCAGUAAAAGAUGGUACUCAUGGGUGAACUAACCAGUUUAUUAAGGAAUGUGCAAUAGGUGGUGCCCUGUUAAAUGUUACUUGAUGUAUUCUGUAUUAAACGUGUGUAAAUCUAAUGUUGAAACAAGCAAGAUGCAGGGCUCGGAGAGUUUGCAAGAAAGAGCAGUUUUCGGGUAAAGUAACAAGGAUGAAAACUGUAUAUAUACUCAGUCUAAUGCCUUAAUCAGAUGAUUUUUUUUUAGACCUGAGAUUGUAUUCCCCAGUGUCGGAUGCAUUUUUGAAUGCUCAGGAUUGGCAUAGAGUAAAAUAUGGAGAGUAAAAGUUCUAAAACGGUGUUGUUGCAAUGGGAGGCGUGCACUGACGUUUAUUAACAUGGAUUAUGUUAAAUUUAGACAGAUUUAAUUCUAGUGUACUCUGAUUAAUGCUGCUUUUCUCCUUCAUAUGUUUGUGGUUUCGACCACUCAGUGUUAUUUGUGCAGUAACAGUAUUGAUGUUGGCCUUCGACAUCCAUUUGGUUAUUUUGAGUUAUUUCACUAUACAGCAUUAUUUAUCAAUUCUGACUAAAUAAGAAUUAUGUUAUUUUAUUAACAUUAUGUUUUACAUAGAGAUACGGAUUCAGAUCUAUCUAAACCAAGGUUACAGGCCAAAUGACUCUAAUAGCGUCUUUAAGGAAAACUACCAAAUUUGCUCACUAAUUUAGGCUUAAAUUAAAAAUAUUUCUUGAUUUUUACUUUUAAAGUGAUGCUUUUAGUUGCCUGUGAUGUUUAAAACAUCUGGCAGUGAACUACUUUUACAACUAUUAUUUGUUUAGGUUCAAAGCAGACAUGUCAUGUUUCUGGUACGUAUUUCUAGCACAGCGUCUCUCUGGGGACAAAACUUUUAUUGCGUCUGUGAACUGCAGGGUGCGGCCUUUAAUAUGAACGACACUGUGAUCCCACAUCACAGUUCUGCAUGAUUCCUUUCCUGCGUUGAUUUGUUACUAUUAAUAUAAAUGCUUUAGCGUAUUUGGUGGCAGACAAAGCGUGUUUUUCAGUUAGUUAGUUAUAAAGUAAGGGAGGUAUAGACUGGGCAUGGGCUGGUAUAAGAAUCUCAAGGUGCAAUGACCUUGAGUAAAAUACCUUGGGUUUGCAGCAUCAUGAUAUUUACACAAAAGUUUAAGUUGAUCUAAUUGCAUUUAUUGGAAGUUAUUCAUACCUCUGCAAAAUAGUCUAACAUAUUAUUGCUAUGGGAUCAGAAACAUUAAAUGAGUAUCUGGGGGGAAAAAGACUGAUGAAAAUUCUAUAUUAUUGUUUUAUUAUUGUUUUCCCGCUCUAGUUCCAGCAUCAUGGCAUACUGUCUUUUUUCUUUUUUUCUUUUUUGUGGCGAACUGCCAAACUUCUCCUUCAGCUGACCACCAUUGAUGAGCAACAGGUGGGAGUGGCGCAGCUUUAUGCUCGAUACGCCCUGAACAAACGCUGCUUUCUCUGGCCCUUCCUCUAGCAUCUCAUUAAGACCGACUUUACACCACAGGAAUCAUAAGACUGAAUUCUUACUAGUUUUGACACCAUAGUUGUUUUAAUAUGGUGGUAUACCUCGCUAACCAGCCCAUGCCUCGUACAGACGAAACAUAAAACGUUUAAACUUGCCAAGAGCCUGAAAUUAAGACCUGCUACUAAGCAUCUGUUUAAUGGUUCUGAGAUUAUGUAUAUCCUUAACUUUAGGCUUUUUCUUCUUUACUCAGAUGUAGUGCAUACCUCAUAUUUGAACUUCAAAGUUCAUACCAUGUGAUUUAAUUGAAAUUGUUGGAGCAUCGUGGAUCACAUUGGAAUCCAACUCUCUUUGAUAUUUAACAUAUUGGGAGCUGCAGUUAAUAUAUUCCUUUUUCGUCUUGGGUUUUUUUUUUUUUUUUUUUUUGUAAAUUUACUUUUUUAGAAAAAAAAAAAUAUCUGGAAUGCUUUUAACUGUCUUUGCCAUAAUUUGUACAUAAAAUAUAUUUUGUAUUUAUGUUCCUUUAAGGACAUGAAUAUGUCGCCUCAUGCUUUUAAUAAAAUGUUUCAAAUGUUUAA